UUCCUGGCGUCCCCCGCACGAGCACUUCUGGUAUCGGACUUCCGGUGGGUCUGAGCCCAGAGAAUGUUGAGGCCCAAAGCCCUGACCCAGGUGCUGAGCCAGGCCAACACGGCCGGGGUCCAGAGCACAUUGCUGCUGAACAAUGAGGGCUCGCUCCUCGCCUACUCUGGAUACGGGGACACCGAUGCCCGGGUCACCGCUGCCAUCGCCAGCAACAUCUGGGCGGCCUACGCAAAGAACGGGCACCAGGCCUUCAACGAAGACAAGCUGAGGUUCAUCCUCAUGGACUGCAUGGAGGGCCGAGUGGCCAUUACGCGCGUGGCCAACCUUCUACUUUGCAUGUACGCCAAAGAAACAGUGGGGUUCGGGAUGCUGCAAGCCAAGGCUGAAGCCCUGGUUCAGUACCUGGAGGAACCCCUCACCCAGGUGGCUGCAUCGUAGUAGUGGGGGGGGGGGGAAGUGCUGAAGUGUCGCACUCCAAUGGAGGAGGUCCGAGGCCAAUUGGUGUUUUGGCUUUGCAAUAUUUACCUCAGAAAGGGUUUAAAAUGAACCUGCACUGCUUCUCAAAUCACAACAGAUAAAACCUUACUGCAAA